CACGUUCUUCACCGUUUGCGGAUGCUACUAGUCGCAACGAGUUAAAGAGCACCUUCUCUCGAAAGAGUUUAUUCGUUAACGAGCGGCACAACCAUGCGGUACUACCUGUUCAACUCGCGGGCCUGGCUGGCGAUUGCCGCCUUUGUUGCGUUUUCUUGUCACGGUGGUAUGAGCAAUUCAUCGUUGACCUCUGGGAAUAACAUCGUGAACGUAGAUAUCUACUACGAGUCGUUAUGUGGCGAUAGUAAGCGAUUUAUUACAACUCAGCUAGCACCGUCGUAUAGACAAUUGAAGGACUACAUCCACGUCACGUUGAUUCCUUACGGUAAAGCUACGCAUACGCGCGAAAGCGCAACCAGUCCGUGGCAAUUCCAAUGUCAACACGGACCUUCCGAAUGUCGCGGUAAUAAGGCCCAAUCGUGCGCCAUCGAUGCGAUAAAAUCCUCCGAAACCGCCGAGAAACAGGAGCAACUGAUGGUCAACGUGGUAAAUUGUGCAAUGUCCAGCAGAAACCCGUCGACCGCUGUGCCGCAGUGUGCUCAAAAUUCUGGCGUGAGUGAAGAAACGAAAACAGCAAUCGACAGCUGCAUUGAAAGCUCGCUCGGAGACGAUUUGCUCGCUGCGAACGGUGAUAAGACGGCGGCCCUCAAUCCACCGUUGGCAUUCGUUCCGACGAUAAUCAUCAACGGGGUGUAUUCUCAGGAGAAUCAAGACGAGGCGUUGCGCAACUUCGUCGGAUUAAUCUGUCGACAUUUGACCGAGAAGCCAAACGUGUGCGUGAAUUGAGAGGAGAAUCGAGAGAAAAAGGAAGAAAUAAACUAGGCCAACUCGCGCGAGUUAGAGGUGCGGGGACAAAUAAUCGCUCUCGCGGUCUAAAUAAACGAUAUAUUGUUUGCUUAUCAUAAUA